UGUUGGGCCAUCACACGUUCACAAAUGUAGCUCACAGGAUCCAGACAACCAAAUUCUUUUCACUCUCACAAAAGAAAACACACAGCAACUUUCAAACCAGUUGUUCUGUUGCAUUUGCAGUUGCUCUUCCUUGAAAUUGUGACCUCAUUCGCGCUCCAACUAGAACCUUCUUCGAACUAGGGUUUUCUCAGGGGUUUUAGCUCCAUUCAAUUUCUAUCACAAAUCCAAUAAAAGGAAAAACAAAAAUAAAAUCCUCGAUUCUCUUCAAAAGCCUCAAUAUUUGUCAUUGUCAGAGCAGAUAGCUUCCUCAAAUGGUUCGCUCCAAUGGCGUCAGGCUUCUUCACUGGGCUGCUCGUCGAUCACUCUGUGAUUCCAAAGAUUCCGUAUAUCAAGCAGUGUUUCAAAGGGGCUAUAGGGUACUGAAUUCAGGGCUUUGCAAUCCAGCCAAAACUUUUGGAAGUUGUGGUCCAGUUGGAGACGGUUUAAAUUUGAAGAACUGGUUGUUACUGGGAGGAGCGGCAAAUACCUACUAUUUGGGGUCGUCUAGAACAAUUCAUGGCUCUGCUUCAUUGUCUAGAGACUAUUAUGAUGUUCUUGGUGUGAGUAGGAAUGCAAGUUCUUCUGAUAUAAAGAAGGCUUACUAUGGGCUAGCAAAGAAGCUCCAUCCAGAUACAAACAAAAGUGAUCCUGAGGCUGAAAAGAAGUUUCAAGAAGUUACUAUUGCAUAUGAGGUGUUGAGGGACGAAGAAAAGCGUCAACAGUAUGAUCAGGUUGGCCAUGAUGCCUAUGUGAACCAACAGUCUACUGGUUUUGGAGGAGGCCAGAGUGGCUUUAAUCCAUUUGAGCAGAUAUUCCGUGAUCAUGAUUUUGUCAAGAGCUUCUUCCAUCAGAAUCUUGGUGGCGAGGAUAUCAAGACUUCAAUUGAAGUAUCCUUUAUGGAAGCUGUCCAAGGGUGCACCAAAACCGUGACAUUUCCAGCAGAUGUUGUGUGUAAUACCUGUGGUGGGACUGGUGUUCCUCCUGGUACAAGACCUGAAACCUGUAAAAGAUGUAAGGGGUCAGGGAUGACAUAUGUACAAGCUGGCAUAUUUAGGAUGGAGAGUACUUGUGGUUCGUGUAAGGGAACUGGAAAAAUUGUAUCGGAGUUUUGCAAGUCUUGCAGGGGUGCGAAGGUUAUCAGAGGAACAAAGACUGUCAAGUUGGAUAUUAUGCCCGGGAUUGACACUAAUGAGACCAUUAGGGUUUAUGGAAGCGGUGGAGCAGAUCCUGAUGGAGGUCAACCUGGAGAUCUUUAUGUUACUAUUAAGGUUCGGGAAGACCCUGUUUUCCGUAGAGAAGGAUCUGACAUUCAUGUUGAUGCUGUUUUAAGUAUCACACAGGCAAUUUUAGGGGGAAGCAUUCAGGUUCCAACCCUUACUGGAGAUGUUGUUCUUAAGGUUCGGCCUGGCACCCAACCUGGUCAAAAAGUGGUUUUGAAAAAUAAAGGGAUCAAGACAAAGAAUUCUUACACAUUUGGCAAUCAAUAUGUUCAUUUUAAUGUCAGCAUUCCAACAAACCUAACAACGAGACAGCGAGAAUUGAUUGAAGAGUUCGCUAAGGAAGAGCAAGAGGAAUCUGAUAAACGCAGAACUGCAUCAGCUUCUGGCUGAAAACUUAUGCAGAAUUUCUACUAUAUAUUUUAUCAUCAAAUCAUGCUCAACUGGCCGGCAAAUCCGCCUGCUGUGCUGAAGUUUUGUAGGAACCACUUUUUUAGCCACUUCGAAUGUAUGUAAUAAUUUUCUCCAAAACUUUCAUACUAAAUUAAACUUUCAAAUUAACUUAAGGUAGUUCGACUGUACACCCAUAUAUUCUAGUUCCAUAAUGUACAUAUUUUUCCAUUAACAUAAUUAGAAUGGGUGCAAGUUACAAUUAAGAGAUGUAUUAUUUGGGCGGAUAGGUAAAACUAGAACUAGAUGGUUUGUAUCGAUGGUUGUAGCAUCACCCCGAAAUUUUAGAAAAUAUUUGCAAUACACAUGUUUAUGAGAAA